AAAUAAUAUAUAAUUUUUCAUCCUACAUGACACCAAUAUAAAUUCUUUUGAUAAAAAAAAUGUAUUAAUGUAUUUUUCACAAUUAAGUAAAAAUUAUAUAUUUUUUAUCUGAUGCUGAACUUUUUACAUCAUCCCGACAAUCUUUAUAUGACUAAGCAAUAGGGUCUUAAGCGAAGGGCAAAAGUGCCUUUAAUUACGUCAAACACUCAUGUGUUUUUUUUUUUUGAAUGAACACAUUGUUUUUUAUCAACCAUCCCAGCCUUUGGCAGAUUCAUUUAGUAAUGACAAAUACAGUAGAUCAUUUUUUUUUCACCCUCCUCUAAAGAAAUAAAAAAAAAAUCUUACCUUCUUAAUCAUGUUUUGUCCUUUCUUUUUAAUUACUUCAUGGAAAGCAAUAAAUAUUACUUACUUAUCUGAUCACAUGAGAAGUUUAUAAAAUUAUUGGCUUAUUUCAGAAUUAACGUUAUUGCACCAUACAGGGCAAAGACUUUACAUCCUGGUUUAAUAAUCUUUUUAAGUAGUGUAGUGUUGAGAUAAAACUUAUUUAUAAGAGAAUUCUGCAAUAGUUCACCUUAAACACAUUGAUUGUUGUUAGCGAAGCACUGUAAGGACACUUGCCUGUGAUAAUAAUUUGGAAGAAAUCGACUAGUGUAAAAUGGAUGUUAAUGAAGAUGAUGAGAAAAUGCAGUCAGAGUUGAACAAGCAGAAUGGAGCAGUUCAUCAAAAUGGGAAACACAAUGAAGAUAAGAAAUAUACCAAUGGACACACAAAAGAUGACCAUCAAUUUGAUGACGCAGAUGUAGAAAUUAAGGAUGGGGAGGAGAAGGAGAAAGAAAAAGAAGUUGAGAUGAUAUCUCUUCUUAACUUGUUUCGAUAUGCCAAAUGUCAAGAUGUUAUGUUAAUGAUCAUCGGUUCGAUAUUCUCUCUUGCUGUCGGCGCUGGCUGGCCCGCCCUCAUGCUUGUCUUUGGAGAACUCACAGACGAAUUAGUUGCUUACGAGUCUGUAAACAGCACAAUCACGCCCUCAGAAUUUGAGGAUGAGAUGGCGAAAUUUGCUCUGUAUUUUGGCAUCAUAGCAUUGGUCAUUAUGUUUUCUGGAUUCAUGCAGAUUGCAUUGUGGGGGUUAGCUUGCCAACGGCAGAUCAACAAAAUUAGAAAGGAAUACUUCAAGUCUGUCCUACGACAAAACAUUGGCUGGUUUGAUACCCAUGCAAGUGGAGAACUUAAUGCAAGGCUGUCGGAUGAUGUAGAACGUAUCAGGGAAGGAAUUGGUGAUAAGUGUGGACUUGCACUGCAGUAUUUUGGGCAGUUUAUAUCAGGUUUUGCUGUCGGUUUUUACAAGAGCUGGGAAUUGUCACUGGUGAUGAUGUCACUGACACCUUUGUUAGCUAUUUGUGGAACAAUCAUAACAAAGAUUGUUACUCAAUUUGCUAAGAAGGAACAAGAUUCAUAUGCGAAAGCGGGAAGUGUAGCAGAAGAGGUUUUGUCAGCCAUAAGAACAGUGGUAGCCUUUGGCGGAGAGAAUAAAGAGAAAAUAAGGUAUGCCAAAGAACUUGAGACAGCUAAGGAUGUUGGGAUAAGGAAGGGCCAGCUGACUGGCAUAUCUAUGGGCGUAACAAUGUUUAUCAUGUUUUGCUCAUAUGCCCUGGCUUUCUGGUACGGGCCGAGAAUGAUUGUAGACGGCAAAAUCAGUGGUGGUGAUGUAAUAGUUGUGUUCUUCAGCGUUCUAGUUGGUUCGUUCGGCCUCGGUACUAUGGCACCGCAUCUUUCCAACAUUGCCACGGCGAGGGGGGCUGCAUUUACGAUUUACAACAUCAUCGAUACUGUCCCACCCAUUGAUUCUUAUUCAACUGAUGGAAAAAAACCGAAAGAGGUGAAAGGCAACAUCGAGUUUCGUGAUGUGCAAUUCUCUUACCCAACACGUCCAGAUGUAGAGGUACUCAAAAGACUGAAUUUGAAUAUAAAAAGCGGGCAGAUGGUGGCGCUAGUCGGUGCAAGUGGUUGUGGAAAAUCUACCACAGUUGCACUGCUACAACGAUUUUAUAGCAUCUCUGGGGGCCAGAUCAUCAUUGAUGGAAAUGAUUUGACAGACCUGAAUAUUAAUUGGAUGCGAAAGGAUUGCAUUGGUGUUGUCAGUCAAGAACCUAUUCUCUUUGCCACAACUAUCUAUGAGAACAUUGCCUAUGGUCGAGAUGGAGUGACUAAUGAUGAAAUUGUAGCAGCGGCUAAAUCAGCAAAUGCUCAUGAUUUUAUCUCUAAACUCCCUGAGGGCUACAACACCAUGGUUGGUGAACGUGGCACGCAGCUAUCUGGUGGACAGAAGCAAAGAGUUGCCAUUGCAAGAGCUCUUGUUCGCAAUCCAAAGAUUCUGCUACUGGAUGAAGCAACAUCAGCACUGGAUUCAGAGAGUGAGAGAGUUGUCCAGGAAGCUCUGGAUGCGGCUCAAGUUGGACGUACAACACUUGUGAUUGCUCAUCGCUUAUCAACCAUAAAAAACGCAGAUGUAAUUUAUGCGAUCGACGAGGGCUCUGUUGCCGAGAGCGGAAGCCAUGACGAGUUGAUGGCCAAGAACGGCGUGUAUGCGCAGCUGGUUACUCUACAGGAGCUGCGCAAGCAAGAAGAGCAAGAAGCAAUGAAUGAUGGAGAGAAUUCCAGUGCUGCUGUGCCAAACUCGCCAAUAAAACGACAAAUCUCUACUCGCCUCAGCCGUCAGAUGUCAACUCGCUCAACUCACUCAGAGAAAUCUAUGGGAAAGGCUGGCAAGGAGGAGCAGAAAAUUGAGGAGUUGGAAUUAGAGGAUCAACCAGCACCAGAGGUUAAGUACAUGGAUAUUUUGCGGUUGAACUCCCCAGAAUGGCUGAUUAUUGCCAAUGGUUGUUUUUGGUCAUCGGUGCAAGGUGUUGUCUGGCCAGUCUGGGCUUUCUUCUUUGCAGAAUUUAUUAAAGUAUUUGGACUUCCACAGGAUGAGUUGGAGAAAGAAGCUAACUUGUGGGCCUCGAUGUUCUUGGUUCUGGGAGUGGCCAUCGGUGUCGCAAGUCUAAUGAGUGCCUGGAUGUACUCAAUCUCUGGAGAACGUCUUACCAUGAGGUUACGUAACAAGGCAUUUGCUAGUGUACUGAGGCAGGAUAUUGGCUGGUUUGAUGACCCAAAGCAUAGCACUGGUGCUUUAAUACAUCGUUUGGCAACUGAUGCAUCAAAUGUGAAAAAUGCCACCGGUAUUAGGGUGGGCACCACGGUACAGGCGCUGGUCACACUUCUUGUAGCAUUGAUAAUGGCGUUCAUUUACGGCUGGAAGUUGUCGUUGGUUGUUUUGUCCAGUGUCCCUCUGCUGAUGCUUGGUGGAAUGCUGGAAAUGCAGUCCUUCGCUGGUCACCAAAAACAAAAUGACUCCCUACUAGAAGAAGCCAGCAAGACUGCAACAGAGUCCAUUGAAAACAUGCGCACUGUGGCAUCAUUAACCCUUGAGAAGCACAUGCAUGAAACUUACAGCAAAUAUAUGAUGAAACCGCACAAGAAAGCCAUGAAGGCAGCAUUUGUUUCUGGUAUAGCAUAUGGAUUCUCCCAGGGAAUGGUCAUGGUUAUGUACGCUGCUGCAUUUCGUUACGGAGGUUACUUGAUUGCUCAAGGUGAAAUGACCGGAACAGAUGUGUUCAAGGUCUUCCACGUGAUUGCAUUUGCUGGAAUCUCCAUCGGUCAAGCUUUUGCCUUCGUGCCUGAUUUCUCAAAGGCUCAGGUCUCUACUGCGCGCAUGAUUCAACUGUUCAAUCUUGUUCCAAAGAUCGACAGUUGCUCAACAACAGGCAAAAAACCGGACAUUGUUGGUGAGAUCAAAUAUAGUGACUUAGUGUUCAGCUACCCAACACGACCAAACAUUACAGUCCUUCGUAAGCUAGAUCUGACCGUUGCAUCUGGGAAGACCUUGGCUUUGGUUGGAGCCAGUGGGUGUGGAAAGAGCACACUAAUUUCGAUGUUGGAACGUUUUUAUGAUCCAGCGGAAGGUAGUGUGGGAUAUGAAACGUCUGUAGGUGAGAAGGGAACCCAGUUGUCAGGAGGGCAGAAGCAAAGAGUAGCCAUUGCUAGAGCUCUGCUUAGGAACCCAAAAAUCCUGCUCCUAGACGAGGCCACUUCUGCUUUAGACACAGAGAGUGAGAAGGUUGUACAAGAGGCAAUUGACCGUGCUAAAGAGGGGCGUACAUGCAUCGUUAUCGCCCACAGACUGUCCACAAUCCAGAACUCGGAUGCUAUCGCUGUCAUAGAUGACGGCAAGGUCAUUGAAAUGGGAACCCAUGACGAGUUGAUGGCUAAACGGGAAAGUUACUUCACGUUGGCCGGUGGACUCCAGAAGUAGUCAAGUCAAAAGUUUACAUUAACAUUGAGUGAACAUACUAAGACAAAGUAUUAAAAAAUCAUCCCUGUAAUUUUUUUAUUUUAUUUUUUAUUUUUUUGGUACUGUUUUGGUUUUUUUAUGUUUUGUGUAAGGGAUUUAAUUAAAAUAUUUUGCAAAGGGUAUCUAUAUUCUUUCUUAUAUUAAGGAUUAAAUGAACGCUUUCUAUAGCCAGUUGUGGUUAUAUCAUUAGAGUAAAAAUGUUGAGUGGUUUAGAGAUAAAUUUAUAUAUAUAUAUAUAUAUAUAUUUUAUAUUAUCAAAACAUUAUUGCGAUUACUAUAGGCUCAAUACCAAAGUGAGGUUGUACCUAAUAUGGGCAUUCCGCAAUUGGCGGUACAGGUGGGAACAUGGGAAAGGCCAUACUCCCCAUUGGCCACAAGUCUUCGGACCAAAAAAAACGGGGGAAAAAAUUAUAUAAUGGGAAUACGAUACAUCUGGUUACUUUUUGCAUUAAAAUAAUGAAAAGUCAUAUACUUAAAAAACAACGAAAACUGAAAUAAUAAUGAUGAAGUAGGAAUUUAUACCAUGCCUUUUGCCAAGGAAUGCAAAAUGCACACAACAUUAUUACCACUGGUCAUUGAAUACAAAAAUUGGCAAACGUGCACAAAGUGCAACCUUCUAGCCUCAGUAAUGAUGAUAAUACAGUAGUAAAUAUUCUUGGUGUCACUUGAGGGUAAGUUUAGAUGAGCUGCUAAGGGUAACUUAUGCGAGUUAAUUAAUAACAGCUUAUUUUUACCAUACCUCUUUGGCUGGGUGCACACCGAAUCUAUGUAAGUGCUUCAUGAUGCGACAUUGUCGCUUGAUUGUGUCAGUGGCAGUCUAAGCAGAUUGUCGUUGAAAACAAUAUUUCGUGUGCGCCUUGUCAUGAUGUGGCCUAUAAAGAAUCACUCUUUCGUUUGACCUUAGUUGUGGAGAGAUUUAUAUACUAAGGGUAUAUGGUAUAUUAUUCGGAGAUUUUUAAAAGUAUAUGAUAAAUAUUCAGUAUAUUCUUAUUUUUAUAAAACAUGUUUAUGCAUACUUUUGCUAUAAAAAAAAAAGCAGUUGAUGGAAGUUUCUUUCAAAAUCUUCCUUGUAGUUACAGUAUAGUUUUUUUUUAGAAAUGUUACUUAAUUGUUAAAUAUUUAAUAUUCUAUAUGAAAUAGUCUUUAUAGAAGCUUAACAGCCAAUUAUUGUAAUGGAUUUUCCAUCAUAAUUAACCUGGACCAUUUAAACUAAGUGUUGAUGUAAUGGUCUGUAGAUUUCAAGAUUUUUUUUCAAAAUACAUGAUACAGAGCCUAAAUCUUGAGCGAAUUGUAGAGGUGUUUCUGAACUUUUCCUACCCUGUAAGCAGAUGUGUAAAAUUGUGUAGUUUUUGUAAAUAGUCUGUGUGUAUUAUUUCUAUUGGACUCCAAAUUUGCUGCUGGGUAUUUGUAGUAUAAAAAAUAGUAGAAUAUUGCAUUAUUAAACUAUGUACUUGACCUAUUGACCCAUUAUUCACCAGUUUUGUUGGGCUCUAUAAAAGCUCUCAAAGUUUCCCCAUCCUAUGUUUCUAUGCUAUUGACCAAGAGCUGUCGACUACCUUAGCAGCAUAAUGACCUCAUGAUUAUUGUUGAACUGUUGACCUUUAGACCUAAAUAUGGACCUCAUGCUGUUGUAUCACCUUGUUGAUGUUGGCUUUCGAUAAUUCACUUGCUUUUUAUUUAGUAAGAAAAUGAUGCAAUAUAUUUAAGUGUUUUACAGUUUCUUUCAUGUUAUUCUUAGUUUGGUUAGAUUGAGUGGUAUAUCUAAGAAUCUUCAAAUGGGGGGAUGAUGGGAGGGCAAAGUCACAUGGGGGCUCGAUUAGGUGAGGGGCGUUAACUCCCAAAAUAAGGUAAUUUUUAACUACUUCAGCGUGAUUUUUGUGGGGGACUGAGUGCACCUUCCCAGAUACUCUAUUGGUUGAAUUGAACUGUUAUUAAUGAUGUACUUUCACUCAUUUUGCCUACUUUUUGUACAAAUAUUGCUUUAUCUUGCUUCUACUUUGUACCAUGAAAAAAAAAUCAAUUGAUACAUUAGAGUCAGGCUUGUAACCAGCAUGAGCAAUGAGGGGCAUCAGUUUAGAAUGUGUGAAAAUUUGACUGCACAUUCCGUUACACGCGGUAAUAAAACACUUUAUUUUACCCCAUUCCAAUAAUAUGCAGAACUCUUAAUUCAAUGGGGGAUCUUCUGAUGUCCCCCUGGGUUACUGGCCUGAGUGCAGCGAUUCACUUUUCAUAUACACAAGAGCACUUAUGAAAACAUUUAAAAUCUCUCCAGAGAAAUCUUUGUAGGGCAUUUAUAUGGAAAAUGUAGAGAUUGGAAGAGUUAUCGUGGAAUAAAAAAAUAAUUUACUUGUGUAUCUAUUGCGGUUUAUGUUUUUAUGACUUUCAUGUAACAAGCAAAAUUCAAGAGGUUGAUGGCUGCAGUGAAGUGGGAGAAACUGGGGUCUUCAAGUGCAGAUUUCGAGGGGGAUAAAAAAGAAUUUAAAGCCUGUUGUCUGAAGGUUUACCAACAUGCAUGUUUUUAUGACUGAAAUAGUAGCAAUCAUCAUUUUUCUUAUACAGUAGUUAUUAUUAUUAUUACUUUUAUAUCUGUAUUACCUUUUUAUUGCCAAUGUUUAAAUUUCCAUAUUGCAAUUA